CAAAGCGUAUUAUAGUUGGAACAAAUUAAGCAAUCUAGCUAUAUCUAUAUAAUUUACCGUUAACCUAAGUCAGAAUAGCUAUAAUAAUUAUAGUCUCUUCAAAGUACUAAACUCAGUAUAUCCUACUUAGGAUGAAUAAACUAAGUUUGCUAUUCGUCGUCAAUGUGGCAACACUGGUUUGCUUGCUACAAGUUCAGAGCUGUCAAGGAUGGUCAGCAGGUGAUAUUCUCUUCAAGUAUCAGGGGAAAUACAAACACCACGAAGAGUGGAGAUGGUGGAAGACAACACAUGCGAAAAAUUAUGCGUCUCACCAAGAAGAGCUUGAGAGGCAUUUGAUAUGGCUGUCUAAUAGGAAGUAUAUCGAGCAACACAAUGCCAAUUCACAUAUCUUUGGGUUCACUCUGGCUAUGAACUAUUGGGGAGAUAUGACUGAUUCAGAGUACAAUGACGUUCACAAGAGCUAUGAGCCAACAAACAAAAAGCUGGUUUCAAACUUUCCCGUGUUUGAGACACCACAGAACCUGACGUACCCGGACAGCUUGGACUGGAGAACAAAGGGAGCCGUGGGGAGCAUCAAGGACCAGAUGGCGUAUCAGUGUGGUUCAAGCUAUGCGUUUGGGGCAAUCGGUGCAUUGGAAGGAGCUAAUGCUCUGGCAAAUGGACAACUUGUCUCACUCAGUGAGCAGAACAUUCUGGAUUGCUCAGUUCCAUAUGGAAACUUUGGGUGCAGUGGUGGUAACGUAUACAACACAUUCAUGUACGUCAUAGCCAAUAGUGGCGUGGACACAGAGGACAGCUACUAUUACAAAGGAAGGCAAGAUGAAUGCAGCUACUCUAGCAACAAUAGAGGAGCCAAAAUGUCAGGAAUAGUGAGAAUCAAGAGUGGGGAUGAGAGCUCACUAAUGGCAGCAGUUACUAGCGUGGGACCAGUGGCCGUGGCCGUGGAUGCUAGCUCAAAUGCUUUCAGGUAUUAUUCCAGUGGAGUUUUUGAUUCAUCAAGAUGCUCAAGCUCUAGCUCCACUCAUUUCAUGGUCGUCACUGGCUAUGGAACAACCAACGGCAAAGACUAUUGGCUAGUCAAAAACAGCUGGAGCUCAAAUUGGGGCAUGAAUGGAUACAUCAUGAUGACCAGAGGCAACUACAACCAGUGCGGCAUAGCAACAGACGCAUCCUACCCCACUCUCUAACACAACUGCACUGCAAUAUUAGACAUGUUAAUAGUGAAUAGAAUACAUGUGUUCUCGUGACUAAAACUUGUGUCUGUACAGUGCUGUGAAUAGGGACUUAGAAUAGUGUAUAAAUCAAUUAUUAUGCGAUCAUUAAUUGUACUUCCUCAAAUGUUGGGUAUAAUGACUUACAGUAUAGGAUUAGAUCAAUAUAC